AUGGUCAAGUCUGGGUCACUGGUUAUGGAGGAAGCCAAGGUGGAUGAGAUGAGUGAGUGCAGGGAGAGGGGCUACCUGCUCACCAGGAAAAUCGGCACCGGUUCAUUCUCUCGAGUGUAUCUGGCAGUCCCAACCCAGGAUAAGAUCUGCUGCAAUUUCCGAUUGGCCGUUGGUCUCCGCAACAAGAAAGAGAAGAGGGUCGCCAUUAAGGUCAUCCCGAUCUGUCAGCGUCCGCAGCAGCAACAACACUCUCAACGGAGUCUGUCCCGGGAAAUCAACGCUCUGCUGACCACCUACAAACACCCGAACGUGAUCCAGCUGUAUGAGGCCUUCCGCUCUGUGAGUCGCCUCUACCUGGUGCUGGAAUUGGCCGUGAAGGGUGACCUGCUGAAGUAUAUUAACCGCCUGUCGGACCGGAGACUCUCUCUGGGACUACAGGAGGGGGAGGCCGCGCGCCUCUUCACCGAGCUGGUGGGAGCAGUCUCACACUGUCACAGCAAGAACAUCGUGCACAGAGAUUUGAAAUGUGAAAAUAUUUUACUUGACGAAAGAGGAUCCCUGAAGUUGACAGAUUUUGGCUUGGCUACCAGAUGCAGGAAGAACGGUUUGAUGAGCUCCUUCUGCGGCUCCAUGCCAUACACAGCCCCGGAGAUCCUCCAAGGCCAGAAAUAUAAGGGCGAACACGCCGACAUCUGGAGCAUGGGUGUCAUUCUUUAUGCUAUGGUGACUGGAAAACUUCCGUUUACUGAAUUUCAGCCAAGUAAACUGCUGGAGGAGAUUAAAUGUGGCAUCCUCUACAAUGAACGCUUGUCAACAGCCUGCCAGGAUCUGAUCAGUAAGAUGCUACAGUGGAAACCAGCAAACCGCCCCGCACUCAGCGAGGUCCUCACCCAUCCGUGGAUGCUACCUGCUGCAUCUAUUCUCUUCCGGAAGGUCCGGAUCUUCACGGCAGGUUCCUCAGAGAAGAAGCAACAUAAAGAAGUGACAGGCAAAGGAGGAGACCACCCCGUGAAGAGAAAUCCAAAGGGGAGGAACGUUCUCAUCAUCUGCAACUCGGGUGUGAACAAACUGAAGCUCAAAACGGAGGCAGCCAAGAGACAGGCCGACCCUGGUUGCAGCUCACCUCAGGGACGGCCAGACAAGCUCGCCAUCCCCCCGACCGCCAACACCGACAGAACGGUCCAACUCUUCACCCACACGCCGAAACCACCGGCCACCGCCAAACCCACGCGCAGUUUUAAGAGGCCCGUCUCUGCGUCACCGCAGAACUCAGAGCUGGCAAGGAAACUGCGAGGCCUACAGGACGCCGGUCCCUGUGUGCGCUUCUCCAGGUCCAGCCAGCGCCUCGCCUCAACGGCAGAGUCCCUGCCGCGACAGCUGAAAGGAUUCUAG